AACUUGUUACCUUUUCCACAUACAACAUCUUGCCCUCAUUCUAAGUCACAAAAUGAAGUUUAGCUUCCCUUCACUUCCUCUUCUAACCAUUUUCCUUUUCCUACUUCCUUCUUCAAUACAAUCUCAAAUGUGCCUAAGAAACUGUGGCAAAGAAACUCUCAAGUACCCUUUCGGUAGCGGCCCCGGUUGCGGCGACCCUCGCUUCCUGCCACAUAUAACUUGUAAUCAACAAAAACUCACAUUCACAACACACACAGGUUCCUACCCUAUAACCUCAAUUGACUAUUCCAAUCAAGUCAUGUACAUUUCAGAUCCUACCAUGUCAACAUGUUCUUGUACUUUGCCUAGCAAAGGUUUCGGCUUAGAUUGGAACGCGCCUUUUACUUUCGACGAUAGCACCAUAUUCGCUUUAGUAGAUUGUUCGAUGAACUCAUCAUCGAUAUGCAAAACAAGAAGUUAUGAUGAUGGAAGUAAUUCUAAGCUUCAAUGUGAUCAAAAUACCCAAAUUUGUGAUGUUAUGCAUUCUUGUAGGCCAAGUAGUAUUAACAUUAAUCUUCCGAUUUCGACAUGUUGUGUUUAUACACCGGUUAAUCUUGGUCCAUCAUUUGAUAUGGAUCUUGAUAAGCUUCAAUGCAGUUCUUAUACAGGUUUUUACAAUUACAAUGAUCAACAAGUUGAUCCUCAAAAGUGGAACUAUGGAAUAGCUCUUAAGUAUAAGUUUAGUGUCACAAAUGAUUAUCCUAGCUCAUGUGACGCAUGUGAAAAGAGUUAUGGAUUUUGUGGUUAUAGUGAAGUUUAUAAUUCAUUUCUAUGCAAUUGUCCUAAUGGAAUUAACACCACAACGGAUUGUUUCUUCACAUCAUCUUAUAAUCAUGGUUUUAGAAAUGGGGUUGCAUGGUUGAUUAAUGUUGUGGCAUGGUCUUUGGUUAGGCUUAUCUUGUAAGGUUUGGAUGGUAAUUACUUCAUCAACCAGGAUCAUGAACCAAGAAUGUGAAGGGUUUCAUAGUUUUGAGUAUAUGGAAUUUUCAUGGAUUGGAAGGGGGAGAUUAUGUAUGACUUAUAGAUUAAGAAAAUUAGGCCAUUCAUUUCUUGUGUCCUAUGGUGGAAAAUGUGUGCACAUGCAAUUUGUUAUUAUUGACA